CGUUCGCAUAUUUCACUACCGUACGGCUGGCCGAACGGUUCAAGCGCUAUUGCCUGGAUCGUGCGUCCGCCCGACUUGCUGUUUGUUUUACCGAUAACCUUCCGUGAUCGGUACAUCACGCAACCUAAACUCAACUGAAGGAGCUGGAGCGAUAAGAAGGAGUGCAGCUUAGCCGCGUUCGGUGAAGAAGCAUAAACGAAGCGAAAAAAUCAUAGUUGCUCCAUUAAGUGUCGUUAAAACGAAUCGGUUGGUGGUUAGUUCUUGUUCAACCAUCGUGGCAAACGGUCGUCCCCAAUGAUGAGACAGUGUAGUGUAACGUCUCGUGUGUGUACGGUGCUGCUUUGCCUUGCGGUGAUCGGUGUCGCCGAGGGUGGCUUCUUGGACUGGUUCCGCAGCAACAAAAACAAGGGCCACGAUGUGUGCCGCGUGGAGUUCGAGGUGCUCGACCCGCAAGGUUUGCGCCUGUGGACGGCACAAAAGCCACAGAUGAAAGGUUUCGGCGUGGAGCUGUUCAUCAAUCCGGUGCACGGCCGUAAGCAGCAACCGUGCAACGUGUGCCGCAAUACGACGGAAAUCACGCACGGCAAGUUCUUUCUGCGGGAUGAAAGCGUGAUCGUCAAGAGCGGGGACAUACUGGAGUACGUGAUCAUUACCGACAAUGGCAAAACGGUGCAGCGCCACAAGCCCAGGAAACUGAUUGUGGACGAUUUCCUCAUUAAACCGAAAGGAAGAUGUGCCUGUCCGCCCGGUACGGUAACGCCUGCCACGCCGACCCAAACCGCCCAGCAGGUGUACGAAGAGCCGACGGCCGAAAUUGCUCUGCUAGAGCGCAUUCUCGAGCGAGUGUCGAAAAAGUGUGCCGAGGGCACGAUGUCCAGCUAUUUGUUCCUGCAGACGGAUCGCGUCGAUGGUCCGGCGAACGAUUUGAAGAAGAUCGUGCUGGAUUACUUCCAACAGAGGGACGCACUGAAGCCGCUGGCAGGGUCGAUCCUGUCCGCGGAGGACGGCUCGGACGGUAUCGUGUUCCGGGUGGCUAACAUUAUUGAUAAGCUGAAAAUUUUGGAACUUGCCCGGCAAGAGAACGACAUACUAGACUACGACAAGCUAACCGCCAUCGGUGACAUGGACAUUCGGGCUUCAUUCGAUGAUGAGUGAGAUUGCGCAAAAAUAACGCUUUUGUUUAACAACUAAUGAAGCGGCGGACAGUAUAAUUGUAAAUGUAAAAACUGAAUAAAAGCAACGCAAAACCUUCACACUAAAA